AUGUACUCUAUAUCUCUGAUAGAUCGUACAAACCUCGGACUUGCGUUUGUCGCGGGUAUGGAAGAAGAUCUCGGGCUUGACGUCGGCAACCGGUAUACCGUUGUGGUAAUGGUGUUUUUUGUGGCUUACAUUUUGUUCGAGAUUCCAAGUAACAUCAUCCUCCCCAAAGCCGGUGCCGCGAAUUGGCUUGCUUUUCUUGGAGUAAGCUUCGGGGCUAUCUUAAUCGGUAUGGGAUUCACAUACAGCUGGGAAACAAUGACAGUGUGUCGAACAUUACUUGGGAUAAUGGAAGCUGGCUUCCUUCCAGGGUGUACUUAUCUGAUCACCUGCUGGUACAAGCGAUUUGAGGUCGGUAAAAGGCUAGCGGCAUUCUGGCUGAUAUCUGUGGUUUUAAACGCUUUUGCAGCCAUCUUCGCCUAUGCGUUGACUCUGCUGAAGGGUACUUAUGGUCUUAAUGGCUGGAGAUGGAUCUUCAUAGUUGAGGGCGCCAUUACGGUCGGAGUUUGUGCUAUUGGGCGGCUCAUUGUCAUUGAUUUUCCCACCAAAGCAGAUGGCUUUCUAUCCCCGGCAGAAAAACAAUUUGUGAUCGAUCGGAUCAACCAUGACCGUGGCGAUGCGGAAGAAGAUCCACUGACGGUUGCGAAGAUCUUGCACCACCUAAAGGACUGGAAGCUGUAUUUCUGGGCAUUGAAUCUCAUGGCGUCAACGCUUCCAGGAUAUGCGUAUAGCUAUUUCAAGACCAUCAUCCUGACCGGGAUGGGAUUCACAAGCCAAGAGAGCCAGCUCCUCAGCGCUCCGCCCUACAUCCUCGCCGCCGCAGCUACAUACUUCUCAGGCUGGCUAACAGAUCGAUAUCAUGUUCGAGGUCCUGUGAUUGCGGUCCACCAAUUGCUGACAGCGGUUGGGAUGCUUAUCACUGCAUAUGCCAAGGCCAACGCUGCACGGUAUUUUGGGGUUUUCCUUGGCGUCGGCUUCCUGCAAUUCUGCAUUCCGGGCGUACUCGCGUUUCAGGCGAAUAAUAUCACCUCGCACUCGAAACGAGCCGUUGCAUCGGCCACCUGCUUGAUUGGCGGAGGCCUUGGUGGAAUCGUGGCUAGUGUUUCUUUCAAGUCAAGUGAAAGCCCAACCUACACGACGGGUAUUUGGGUUACCUUUGGAGUCACCAUGGUCAGCGUUUGCAUGACCGUGAUAAUGGAUGUGUAUUUUUGGAGGGUCAACAAGAAGGCGAAGGAAACGGAAGGCCGUAUUGAGGGUAUGGAAAACUGGUAUUAUACUCUUUAG